AUGGCAUCUCCUCAGCCGCCCUCCGUUCCCUCAGUCGGCAAGCUCGUCAGCGUGGUGCCGGUCGGACUAAAAGAGGCUGCCCUCGACUCCCCAACAUUCCGUUCGACGACCGCGCAUUUCGCCGAUCAGCUCGAAUUCAUAGAGAGAUGGCUCGAUGGCUAUGCUAGGGCGGCAACCAAGCUCGCGUCCGAGCUAACAGCCUUCGAGCAGGCACUAGGCUUCUUCUUUUCUUAUACAACCAGCCCAAUUAACGUCUCCGAAGCGAUUCUCGAUCAUGACUAUACCGUGCUGGGGCUAAAGCGACAUGGGGAUUGUAUGAAGGAUAUGUGGGGAGCGUUGGCGGGAACGCUGAAAAAGCUAGACCGUCUGGUUGCAGACCCAAUACGAGCCUUUAUCCAAGGAGAUUUACGUGCUUUCAAAGAGACGAGACGCGUAUUGGAAAAUACUCAGAAACAUUAUGACCAUCUUCUGGCGAGGUACGCAGGGCAAGGUAAAUCCAAGGAGCCGUCGUCUCUAAGAGAAGAUGCUUUUCAAUUACAUGAAGCACGGAAAGCCUACCUGAAAGCCUCUAUGGACUUUUGUACCCAAGCUCCUCAGAUUCGAAAUACUCUCGACAAACUACUGAUAACGACGUCCUUUGACCAAUGGCGAGAGAUCAAGGUUACUUACGAUAAGAAUGCCUCAUCAUUUUUGAAAUGCGGCCAGGAGAUGGAUCGAAUUAAAGGAUGGGUACAUGAGAUGGAGAACAGCGAGAGGUAUUCUCUCAAAGAGCUACUGCUUGCUCGCAAGCAGAUUGAGGAGGCUGCCGAGAUGGCUGCCAGGCCAUCUCGUGAGCUGGAUGAUUAUUCCAUCUCCACUGUUCCCUACCUUGGCCAGGCUAUUUCAGUGAAGACGAAGAAUGAUAAGCCUUUCAAACCCGAGAAGCAAGGAUGGGUCUAUCUCAGAACAACCACUGGAAAGCCGUCAAGAACCGUGUGGCUUCGCCGGUGGGCUUUUCUGAAAAACGGAAUAUUUGGUUGUCUAGUACAGAGCUCGAGAACUGGCGGCGUUGAAGAGACCGAACGAAUUGGAGUUUUGCUUUGUAAUAUUCGACCUGCAUUCCAAGAAGAGCGUCGGUUCUGUUUUGAGGUCAAGACCAAGAAGAACACUAUUAUGAUGCAAGCUGAUGAUCAACAAGAUCUUCUUGACUGGAUUGGCGCUUUUGAAGCGGCAAAACAGAAAGCGUUGGAAAAUCCUGCCAGCUCAGUGUCUGGAAAACUAGGUGUUCAAGAUCCUGCCUUCUCCAUCUCUGCACCCCCAGCUCCCGAAUUUGCCUCUGAAAGCACUGAAUUUUUGACAUCAAAUGCUGGCGAUGAUCCGUCAUUAGACCGUACAAAUACAUUGCCUAUUCCCGAGAGGGACACGUUGGUAUUCAGACCUAGCGGCGAUUUUGGCAGCAGGCGGUUGCCUGGAGCGGAAGGAGAUUCUGGCAAUGGAAGGGAUCAUACAUCACGAAUCAUCCAAAAACUAGAUAUUCACCGAAAGUCAACCGCUCCUGGCCAACAAUCUCCUGCACUGGUGCCCAGUAACAGUGGAAUUGCAGGGCUUAUCUCAGCCAGUCACAACGUACUCCCUGUUAGCCCAGCUAUGAUACCGAAGAGCUCGGAAGACGCCGAUCCUAGUAAAGCUCUCGAUGACCCAGCAGCUACUCUCGCACCUACCACCUUAGCAACCCCUCCAGCUCCGACUAGCAUGAGCAAAGUGGCCGUUCUUGUCAGUAAUGAGCGAGGAAUCGGUGUUGGGCUGGCGGACUCCACAGGCGGGAUGCCCAGUGGUAUGAUGGCAAACCUUUGGGGUAGUGCUAAUUGGGGAUUCGUAAAUACUUUCAAACGCGAAGGUAUUCGACUCCGAGACAAGAAGUCUUCAGAUGAUGACAGUGUGUCCCCCAUCUCGAAACCCCCAAACACUGACACGAAAGGCACCGGAUCGAUGUCGCCUGGCGGAACAUUGACUACACAAGCCUCAAGGCAUAGACAAACAGUCAGUCUUGAUGGCGAUGCAAUUAAGCUACAAAGAUCGGUCCUUGGCGUUACCCAUGAAUAUCCGAGCUACUACCCACCUCGCUUGCGCAUCCAAGAUGCUCAGUUCCGCCUUCUAUUCCCUAAUGUGAAGAAAGAGGAAAGUCUUGUUAUGGUUUUUAGGGCGACAUGGAAUCCAAAUGAUCACCAAGAAUUUCCAGGGCGUGCCUUUGUGACUACGCAGAACAUCUAUUUUUACAGUCACCAUUUUGGUCUCGUGUUAACCACAAGCACGCCGUUCAGUAUCAUUUCAGAAGUUACGGCUGCUACUGGACGAGACUGUGACUUUCUAUUCCUUCAUAUCGUACCAUAUCCUGGGGAUGAAUCGCCUAGUCGUGUUGCUGUAAAAACAUUUUUGGAACCAUUGCGACUGUUGCAAAGACGACUGAAUUACAUGAUCAAGGUAGCCACGUCUGACGAGCCUAUUGAUUUAGAAGCUGUAUACAAAGCUUUGCUCAAGAUGGAAUCGGAUUCUAUAACGAGAUCAGCUAGCGUGGACAGCUGGGAGGAUAUCUCUUUGGAUAUUUCACAGGAUGGCAAAUCCAAUGGUGGAGCAAGUGGGACUGGGAAGAAACCCAAAGAUUUUAGAGUCCCAAUUUACGUGGAGAAAGAUUUGAGCAUGGAAAUUAACAGAAAUGGCCAAGGAAGGGAUAUCCAGAAAUUCAAGCUACCGAACCAACCGGUACAAUAUGUUCCACGAGGAAAUCUUCAUGUGGGUGCCGAAAAGGUUUAUGAUGUCAGCCCCAAGGCACUGUUCCAUGUUCUCUUCGGCGAUAAGAGCGUUCUGUGGCCGCUACUUUUACAUGAGAGAUUGGCUCAAGGCAUCAAGCAGGGACCGUGGAAGACAUUGGACUCGGGUCAUAUGAGACGAGACUUCGAAUAUUCGAUUGAACGGACUGAUGUGCUUGGACAAGUGCACAACACCAAAGUCUCAGAUUACCAAAUCAUAGACGUUCUCAACGACCAUCUCUGCUAUGUUGUCACAGAUAAACGUACACCAUGGCAUCUUCCCUUCCGACGGAAUUUUAGGCUCGUGAGCAAAAUUGUGAUUACUUACGUAUCCAAGUCGAAGAGCAAAUUGGCUGUCUACAAUCAAGUUGAGUGGCUUUGGUCGCCUUUCCUUUUGAAAAGAGUGAUCGAUCGACAGGCAAUGAAUGAUCUCGAACAGGACUCAUUAGAUCUGCUCGAUCUCAUCAGCGAUCAAGUCCGAAAACUCGGUUCUCGAAGCAGAACAAAAAGAGCCAUUACAAUCUUCGGCCUGAUUGGGAAUGAGACGAAUAUAUUCCAGUUUUCUUCUGCUGAGAAAGCAGCGCUUCUACAAGAACGCCGCUCGAGGAAGCAACGGUCUUUGAUGUGGUUAUUGCUAGACUCUACAGGCUCUCUGCUAGAAAGCGCCGUCUCUUCCCUAAUGAUCUGGUCCUUCGCGCUGAUUCGCUGGUUUUGGAAAACUUGCAGUGCCAAUCGCUUGAUCCUCGCAUUGCUCUUUUCAAGUGUGCUGCUUAACGGCUUCUACUCUUCCCGCGACACCUAUGACUGGUGGCACGAGCGCAAUGCUGCAAAAUUCCUCUCGCGUCUCGGAAUUAAUACCAACAAUAUCAUGAGCAAGGCGAUAUUUGUCAACGAUCUCGACCAAGCAGUGCUAGACAGUGGGUCUGUGUGGCAGCCCGACAAUUCUAGCCACUGUUUCUCAACUUUCCACGAGCAGAUACUACUAGAUAGCAAUUCAGCUCUCAUGCUAGGUGCUACCUCUGACGAUAUCCUCGAGCGAAGCUCUAGUCGGCGCGUUCAACGUACUCGCCAACGUCUGGGUGUAUAUCGUCAUGACCUCCUCGUGGCCAUGCGGGUGCUUAACAGCAUCGAGAAGGAAGUAUUAAAGAGCGAAUGGGAGCGAUGGCUCGACGAAGAGACAGAACGCUGUGAACAAGUGGCAACAUUGCUGCAUAACGACGCAGGUGAUUUCAAUUUGAACGAGAGUGCCUUUGCCGGUCGAGAGGAGGACGUGAAGCAGUGGUAUGAAGAGUAUUGUACCAGCUGCCAGGAGGAGCGUCAUAAACGGAGUUCACGACAGGCUUGA